GAGCGAGCAGGAGCACGGUUUGUUAUAGUGACUCACUGGGAUCUCGGGACAAAUAAACGCUCUGUGGGUUUUUUCUUCCCCUCCUCUUUACGCUUCCACCAGCCUUUCUUUAUUAAUCUGACAGCGAGUUUCGGAUGUGGUUGUAAUGCUCCCUCGACCUGCUGAAUAGAGACCAGGAGGUUUAUAUGGGACCAGAUGAAUUUGUGCUGCACUUCCAAGUGAACGGAGGGAAGGAGGGAAGGAAGGGACCUGAAGCCUGACCGGACGCACAGAGAACCCAGAGUGGGAUCUUUGUUGCUGUAGCAGCCAUCGGGUGAAGAUAUUUAUUGCUAUCAAGUUGGAAAACUUUGACUUUUCUUCUGUUUUUCUGAGGACACGACGCUGUUUAAUUUCCUCUGAACGCAGCCUUCACUGAACCAACACACAGCAGGACGGAGAGUUAAAAAAAAAAAAAAAAGCAUCAUGAUGUUUAUCCUUAUUUAGUGUUUGAAGUGUACAGGCUGCGUAUUUGUAUCUUUUUACAUCAAAGCCGCGCCUUUUGCAAGUUAACAACUUGCACGAGCGGUUGUUUGUUUGUUUUUGUUUUUGUUUUUUUCCCCCUAAGUGAAAUAUUGUUGCGCGUUCGCAGCCCCUCAGUCUAACAGCCGGUAUAAUGAGCUGCAGCUGAGACUGGGCUUUGCAAGACUUUUCUCCUGAACUUUAGUGGCUGUGAUCAUGAAGCCGGCCACCUGUCUGCUCUCUGCACUUCUUCUGGUGCUGUGUUUAAUUCCCAGCUCCUGGACAGCAGCUCUCUCCAGCCAUGAAGUGGCGAGCUCCAUGGUGAACCAGUGGGAAUUCGACGACGUGGCUAACAUCAGCACUUUCCUAUUGGACCGGGAGUCUGGGAUACUCUACCUGGGGGCACGAGAUGCGAUUGUUGCUGUGGAUACUGCCAACAAAUUAAAGCCUCCCAAGAUUGUAUGGAAUGUUUCAGAAGAGAAGAGCAGAUCUUGUGUGACAAAAGGAAAGACAGAGGCUGACUGCAAUAACUACAUCCGUCUGCUGGAGUUCCUGGGAGAUGGACACAUUUAUGCCUGUGGCACAUAUGCCUUCGACCCCCAGUGUGCCUUUAUAAAUAUCUCAACCUUUACUCUGGAAAGAUCAGAGGAUGGCAGGGAGAAGAUGGAGACUGGAAAAGGGAAAUGCCCCUUUGAGCCCAGCCAACACUACACUGCAGUCAUAGCAGGGGGAAUCCUGUACACUGCUACUACAAGUAACUUCCUGGGCACUCUCUUUGACAUCUCCAGAGCAACAGGCAAUGAGCAAGAGCGCAUCCGGACUGAACGGUCCAUCAACUGGCUCAGUGAUCCAGAGUUCGUCAGCUCUGCCUUUAUCCAAGAAGAUCAAAAGAGCAACCCAACAGGCGAAGACGACAAGAUCUACUUCUUCUUUACUGAGGUGGCCAAAGAAUAUGACCUUUACGCCAAGGUCAAAGUGCCUAGGGUGGCUCGAGUAUGUAAGUCUGAUAUCGGGGGCAUGAAGACCUUACAGAGACGCUGGACAACAUUCCUUAAGGCUCAGCUGGUGUGUGAGGAUCGAGGAAGUGGUCAGCGCUUUAACGUUUUGACUGAUGUCUUUACCAAACAGCAUCAGCCAGGAGACCCCAGCAGCACACACUUCUACGGUAUCUUCACUUCCCAGUGGGAGAGGGAGGAAAUGUCUGCAGUGUGUGUGUAUAGUCUGGAGGACAUCACGAAAGUCAUGGAUGGACCAUUUAAAGAGCUGAAGAAGAGUUGUGAAAACUGGAUGAACCCAGAGCCAGUGCCUACUCCCAGACCAGGCCAGUGUCUGAACAGUGCUUUGAAAGCAGAGGGCAUCGAUUCAUCUCUGAAGCUGCCUGAUAAAGUGCUGACGUUCAUGCGAGACCACCCUCUCAUGGAGAACAGUGUCGUAUCAGCACCCUUAAUGGUCAGGAGUGGAGUUACAUACACCAAACUGGCUGUAACUCUGACUCCUGUCUUCAACGGCAACAGCAAGCUUAGUGCUACUGUUCUACAUCUUGGGACAGAUCGUGGAGAGCUUCAUAGAAUUGCAGUAGUGGGACCGAAUGCAACUCUUCUGCAAGAGCUCCCUCUUUUUCCAGCCUCAGAGCCCAUCAACAAUAUCCUUCUCUACAAGGAUGAGGCUCUGGUCGGUUCUCCUCACUCUCUGGUGAAGUUGCGUACAGAAGGCUGCUCUCUUUACCCUACCUGUGAAGUGUGUGCACGUGCACGUCCACUUGGCUGUGUCUGGAAAAAGAAAGAGGCUGCCUGCAGCCUGGCCGUCACAAAACCUAGUGAAGUGCUAAAUCCUGAAGAUUUAGUCAGUCAGUGUGGAAGGACUGAAGAUCGCUGCUCUCCCAAGAUGAAAGACUUGCAUGUGGAAGAGGGGCUGCAUGUGUUGCUGCCCUGUGUUCAGGUCUCACCUCGUCCCUGCCACUGGCAGCACCCACCCCAAAGACAUACUCGACGCCACUUCUCUGACCUGGCAGUACAGGUCACUUCAGAAAGCAAUGGCACUUAUGUUUGUUUCUGUGAGGAAGCUGGGCAAAAGCAGCCAGCCUGUCCCAGGGCUGCAUACAGACUUCUCCUUCAGGAGCAGCAUACGAGUUUGAGCAUCAAACAAGCAUCGAGUCGUCAGUUCGUAGCCGGGUAUGUGCUAUUUUUCUUCACUGGCUUUGGAGUUUGUGGCUUGCUUGUGUGUCUGUUUCGCCGCCGUUGCAAGAGAGGAGGAGGAGGUCAUUCUUCAACCUCAGAAAAGGGUCGGGACCUGUUGCCAUCUUCAGACACGCCCCAGUCACCCAGCAGUGCCAGUCUGAUCUCUGAGGCAGUUCCCUUUACAGAGAAAAGGAACGGGACACUGAAUGGGCAUGGAGGUCAUAUGCCUGAGCGGAAGUGUAGUUAUAUUUAUGCUAAUUCAAGUGGACUCAAGCUACAGGAUACAUCAAUCAACCUGGAGGAAGGAUUUCCUGGCCGAGAGAGGGCGGGACCAGAAGGCGAGGAGGAUGGACUAGGGGACAGACUCUGUGACCUAGGGGAUGGACUGGAGGAAGAACUUGCUAAGCUGCAUGUGCUGAGAGGAGCACCAUUAGCAAAGUGUGAAGAGAGCUCCAUUUGAGGACACUUCCACAAAGAACUUAAGGCCACAGUAUAGAACUGUACGCAUAACACACGUGCAUCCUUGACAUUACCUACCGGUAUAAGUUUGUGUGGUAGCUUGUAGCAAAUCUGUGAGAGCAAACAUUUAAGGAUGUGCGUGAAGGCAAAUGUGUUGGCAUACAAAGGCAAGCACGCAUACACACCCAGUAAGGAGCUCUGUAUUCUCUGGGAGCUCAACUCAAGCUUGUCUGGAGCACAGUGUGUUCAUGGGUGUGUGCAUGUUACUGGCCAGAGAGAUUGAAGCAGGCUUUUGUAACUGCUCCCACCACUGUGUUCAACCUUCUCUGACACAAUCUCACACUUCAUGUACUCAGUGUGGCAUGUGUGCAUGGACUGGACACUCCAAAUCCGCCUUCAGUUCUCAUGAAUUGAGAAGUCAAACAUGUUUGACUACUAAACACCAAAACAUCCAUCAGCUUUAAGCAAAUUUUACUUUAAAGUUCUCACACUCUCAUUGUUCACUAGGAGCUUUUUACAGUAGGUCAGCAGAGAUUUCCAGUGGUGGGUUGGACAACAGACCCACAUCUGCCUACUGCAUGCGUGAGGAAAGCGAAGAGGUGCAGCAAGACUACUGUACUGAAAGCAGGGGUAUCGUGCAUAUUGUCUCAUAGGAGUGACAGGUCAAAUCUAAAAGCCUAUAAAUAAAGUUUUAAUUAUAUAUCUUAAUUUAUACCUAAAAUAAACUUUUACCAGAGUACUGAUGACAUUCAGAGAAAAUCAACUUAUUGCAGUAUGUUUUAGUUUCCUUAUAGAAGUCUUUUAGGCUGAAACUGUAAUUGCCAAAGUAAAGCAGGGAAAAUAUCCAGAAGAAACAUUCCUGUCCACAGUGAGGCAAGAGGUUAUGGCCCUACCAAGAAAUUAAAGCUACACUUCUAACUCGACUGGUUUGUUCAAUGAUGUCUAUAACGAAUAUUGUACAUGUUUGUGAAUAUCCCAUAAAUGUCAUUGUUUAUUUUGUAGUGACAUUUAAUCCUUUCCACCAUUUGUAACAGUCUGAACUGUCGUCUGUUUUAAACGUAUCACUGCCAUUUGUCUUCCUGUGAACCCUCUGUUUUUAAUUUUUAUUAAUUUUCAUUGUUGAUGUGAACGUGACUGAUUUGUGUAGUGGAAAUGUAACACUCAGGAUCUAUGUACAGCCUUUUGAUCUUAAACAUGUUGUCUACUGUCAGCACUUGGUAGCAUGAUGAUAAUCAUAGGUACAUAUUUAUCAUUUAAAAAGAACUACUAUUUCCAUAGCAGACUUUGUGAUCAAAUUAAUGGUUUAGACUGACCUAUUAUUCCUGAGUGUUAUGUUUCCUCUUUUUGCUUAUGAAUAAAGCAAUGUUAAUUCGUGUACAGAUCUUAUAUUCGAAGGUUUUAUUUUUAUAAUUUAUAUAAUAAAGAUAAAUGUAAAAUUGUUUUGAACAGAUGUUUGUGUGAGCAUGAAUGUAUGAAAGAAUUGUGGGUUUUUUUUUUUUUUUUUAAAUAAAGUAACCCUGACUGAGAGAGCUGCCACUUUCUUAAACCAUUAAACAAUAUACAUAUUAACGAAUACAUUAUUAAAAUUAUUUUGUAUUUUCCCCACAAACUUCAGUUCUGGUGUCAGAUGGUAUAGAUAAUGGAUUGAUGGAUGGUUAGGUCCUUCAUAUUUGGAGUAGCAGGUGAGGCUGUUUUUCAUUUGGAGUCCCAUCAUUUAA